AUGGACAGAAAACCAAACGUUUCUAUUGAUAACGAUUCGUUUACAGAAACCACUCCUCAAAGACAGCAGUUUGAUUUACACACUCCAUCCAGUCGUUUGCUUCAUUCAUCCGCAACUCGUUCGUUUGGUAACACUCAAGGACUCUUUCAUCGCACCACAGCUAGUCAAGGCACAAAAACUCCUAUUGGCUUGCGAUAUGGAGUCAGACAUUCAGUAAAACCAUCAGUUGGCACUCAUCAGACGACUGGAAUGAUGAGUUCGUCUAAAGCUGAUUCUGCCUCGGUACAACUCGAAACUUGCAAUCCUGCUCUGAAUUCCUUUUACAACUUUUUAGCUGUGGCGGAUUCAGGAUCUCCUAAAGUCAGUCAAUCCAAAUCUCCUACAAAAACGGACUCUCCCACCACUCGCAAACGAGCAGCAUCACCUAUUCAAGACCAAUCCAUAGCACAAACUUCUCAAAAGGAAAUCAAACGUCUGGAACGAUUAUUAGCUAGCACCAAAUCCACUUAUAUGGCAAAGUUGAUUGAAGCUGAGCGUGACCGAGAUCGGCUGGAAACAGAGCUGAGUGAUGCAACUAUUCGCCAUGAAAGAUUGGAUUCGGAUCGUAGUUUUUUAUUCUCAAGAGAUACAGAUUUGAGUGAACGUAUUGAAAAACUUCAAAAGGAGUUGAUUGAAACUAAAAGCCUAAGGAAUCAAGAGAUCCAUAGACUUGAUGAUGAAAUUAGGGAAUUAAAAGAAUCGUGGCAAUUUGAUAAAGAUACAAAUGAAAUAAACAUCAGCACAGUAAAAGCUGAGCUAGAUCAGAAACGAAUCAUUGUCGAUUCCUUGAUGUUGCAACUUGAAGUUGCUCAACAACAGAUUUUAGAGCAAAAGCAACUGAUUGACGAUGCUCAAAUCCAGAAAAAAGAGUAUGAGCUAAAACUUUCAGGAUUGCACUCAUCCAAUCUUACUAAGCAAAGCAUAGGAUCGAUGAAAGAAAACAAAGAUGCUGAUGCGAUUCUUUACAAGCAAUUAGCUGAGCAAACUACUUAUAUCCGUCAACUUGAAAAAAAAGUCGCUCAACAAGCUGAUCAAAUUUCAUUCCAUAAAGCUAUACAAGAAAACACUGAGCGCCUCAAGGAAGAAAAUACAGCACUACAACAACAAAUUGAGUCACUAUCUGUUGUACGCAUGCAAUUAAGCGAGGCGCGUGUUGCAUUGACCAAUAUGGAGUCUGAAAAGGCUAGAUGGCAGAGUUUUAUAAAUGAUGUUGGCACAGAUUUGGGUAUUGAUUCGCCAUACGCCUUGGCCAAGUUAAUAUCUUCUCAGCGAACUGAAAUUGCUUCUUUGAAGACACAAAUUGAAGAAAUGCACAAGGAAAUUGAUUUGCUUAAAUUUGCUCGGCAGGAGGAUUCGAAUGUGCUUAGGCGUACUGAAGCAUCAAAUCAACUUUUACAAAAGCAAAUCACAUCUCUUCAAGCACAGCUGAAAAGCUAUGAUUUAGAAGAGCAGUCCAUGAUGAAAUCUUACGAUAUUCAAAAAAGUCAUCGAAUUGCGGAUUUGGAACUUUUGAUUGUUGACUACAGGACUCGAAAUGAAAUGUUGGAAUUAGAGCUUAAAACUCAAUCGCAAAGUAUUGUUCAGUCUCAGUUGCAACAGCAUGUAAAGCGCGAAUAUGCACAGGAUGACACACUCCAUCUCGAUCAAGAAAUGGCUACAUUGAAAAACGCCAAUGAAAUGCUCAAGACUGAGGUGAAUUCACUUGAGAUACAAGUUGGAGUGCUGCAGCAUGCAAUCGGUCGUGGAGAAUAUGAUCCAACUACCACUCGCAUUGUAAUGCUAGCCGAUAAUCCAGAAUCAAAAGCAGCUCUGGACAGAAAUCAAAUUCAUGAGGCAAUGGCUGCAGAAAAUAAAGAGCUGAGAAUGAGAUUAGAGCAGGUUGGCGGUGCAUGUAUGCCAAGCCGAUCUGCUUGUGCUGAUGAGCCACAGUCGGGUAUGAUUCCAAUCGAAAGUUUGCAUACCAAGGAGAUUCAAUGCAAUCAACUUCAAGAGGAGUUGGAUGGAUGUAACAAACGCAUGACUCGACUUAAAGAGGUGUUUGGGACUAAAAUACAAGAGUUUCGCGAAGCAGUGUACAUAUUACUAGAUAACCUGACACAGCUGUGGUGUAUAGGGUUUAAAGUAGAGAUUCAGAUUGAUGGGCAAGUACGAGUGGCAUCCAUGUAUGCUCAUAGCAUUGACGAUCCCGUGUUGCUUUUUACUUCUGCUACAAACCCACAGAUUGAAUUACAGCUUGUUGGAGGUACAAAUGAGUCACGCAAUGCAUUGCAUCAAAAUGUGCAAAUGUAUCUUGAGCAACACAGAUCAAUACCUGCUCUGUUGGCUGCGACAACUUUGAAUUGGUUUGAGAGAUCGAAUAAACUUUCAAAUUGA